GAGCAGGAAGGCUGCCUCGCUGGAGCUGUGUGGUCUUCUCCAAGCCAGAGUUGCAGGCAAGAGAACUACUUUGCUUGGGGAAGAAGAGGAGGAAUUCAUUUUCUGCAGCCACAAGAAAAGCAGUGUUUUCAGGUGCUGACAGCCAGCCCCCAUCCUCUGAGGAACGUGAAUUUGGCAAAUGACAUGCAGGUUCUCCAAGACAGAGUAACUGCAGAAAAUCCUCAAAGGACCCCAUCUACAGAUGUCCUGAAUACCUCUGAGUAUAGCAAUUGAUUAUUCAACCAGGAUACCUAAUUCAAGACCUGCAGGAACCAGGAGACAGACAUUUUGUCAGUUUUGCGACAUUGGACCAAACACAAUGAAGUAUUCUUGCUGUGCUCUGGUUUUGGCUGUCCUGGGCACACAGCUGCUGGGGAGCCUCGGUUCAACCGUCAGAUCCCCGAGGUUCAGAGGACGGAUACAGCAGGAACGAAAAAACAUCCGACCCAACAUCAUUCUUGUGCUCACCGAUGAUCAGGACGUGGAGCUGGGGUCCCUGCAAGUCAUGAACAAAACCAGAAAGAUUAUGGAGCGUGGGGGGGCCACCUUCACCAACGCCUUCGUGACGACGCCCAUGUGCUGCCCCUCCCGCUCCUCCAUGCUCACGGGCAAGUACGUGCACAACCAUAACAUCUACACCAACAACGAGAACUGCUCUUCCCCCUCCUGGCAGGCAGUGCACGAGCCUCGGACUUUUGCUGUCUAUCUGAACAGCACCGGCUACAGAACAGCUUUUUUUGGAAAAUACCUCAAUGAAUAUAAUGGCAGCUACAUCCCUCCUGGGUGGCGAGAAUGGCUUGGAUUAAUCAAGAAUUCUCGUUUCUAUAAUUACACUGUUUGUCACAAUGGCAUCAAAGAAAAGCAUGGAUUUGAUUAUGCGAAGGACUACUUCACAGACUUAAUCACUAACGAGAGCAUUAAUUACUUCAAAAUGUCUAAGAGAAUGUAUCCCCAUAGGCCCGUUAUGAUGGUGAUCAGCCACGCGGCGCCGCACGGCCCCGAGGACUCGGCCCCACAGUUUUCAAAACUGUACCCCAAUGCUUCCCAACACAUAACUCCUAGUUAUAACUAUGCACCAAAUAUGGACAAACACUGGAUCAUGCAGUACACGGGACCCAUGCUGCCCAUCCACAUGGAAUUUACAAACGUUCUGCAUCGCAAACGGCUUCAGACUUUGAUGUCAGUGGAUGAUUCUGUGGAAAGGCUAUAUAACAUGCUUGUGGAAACGGGGGAGCUGGAGAACACUUACAUCAUCUACACCGCCGACCACGGUUACCAUAUCGGGCAGUUUGGACUGGUCAAAGGGAAAUCCAUGCCAUAUGACUUUGAUAUCCGUGUGCCUUUCUUUAUUCGUGGUCCAAGUGUAGAACCGGGAUCGAUAGUCCCUCAGAUCGUUCUAAACAUUGACCUGGCCCCUACCAUCCUGGACAUUGCUGGACUCGACACGCCUCCCGACAUAGAUGGCAAGUCUGUCCUCAAACUUCUGGACCAGGAAAAGCCAGGUAACAGGUUUCGAACAAACAAGAAGGCCAGAAUUUGGCGUGAUACAUUCCUCGUGGAAAGAGGGAAAUUUCUACGUAAGAAGGAGGAAUCCAACAAGAAUAUCCAACAGUCAAAUCACCUGCCAAAAUAUGAGAGGGUCAAAGAGCUGUGCCAGCAGGCCAGGUACCAGACAGCCUGUGAACAACCGGGGCAGAAGUGGCAGUGUGUCGAGGACACGUCUGGCAAGCUUCGAAUCCACAAGUGCAAGGGCUCUGGUGACCUGCUCGCCGUCCGGCAGAGCACGCGGCACCUCUUCUCUCGCGGCUUCCACGACAAGGACAAAGAGUGCAAUUGUGGAGAUUCUGGUUAUCGGGCCAGCAGAAGCCAGAGAAAGAGUCAGAGGCAGUUCCUGAGGAACCAGGGGACCCCAAAGUACAAGCCCAGAUUUGUCCAUACCCGACAGACACGUUCCUUGUCGGUUGAAUUUGAAGGCGAAAUAUAUGACAUAAACCUCGAAGAAGAAGAACUGCAAGUCCUGCGACCGAGAAGCAUUGCCAAGCGUCAUGAUGAAGGCCGCCAGGGGCCCGGUGGCCGCCAGGCCACCAGCGGUGGUGACGGGGAUGCGUUGCUGGCCAACAGCGGCAGUGCCGUGGGCCUGCCCGCCACCGUCCGGGUGACGCACAAGUGCUUUAUUCUUCCAAAUGAUACAAUCCAUUGUGAGAGAGAACUUUAUCAAUCAGCCAGAGCCUGGAAGGACCACAAAGCAUACAUUGAUAAAGAGAUUGAAGCUUUGCAAGAUAAAAUUAAGAAUUUAAGAGAAGUGAGAGGACAUCUAAAGAGAAGGAAACCUGAGGAGUGUGCCUGCAGUAAACAGAGCUAUUACAACAAAGAGAAAGGUGUGAAAAAGCAAGAGAAAUUAAAGAGCCACCUUCACCCAUUCAAAGAAGCCGCUCAAGAAGUAGACAGCAAACUGCAGCUUUUCAAGGAGAACCGCAGGAGGAAGAAAGAGAGGAAGGAGAAGAAACGGCAGCGCAAGGGCGAGGAGUGCAGCCUUCCUGGCCUCACCUGCUUCACACACGACAACAACCACUGGCAGACGGCCCCGUUCUGGAACCUGGGCUCUUUCUGUGCUUGCACGAGUUCUAACAAUAACACCUACUGGUGUUUGCGGACAGUUAAUGAGACGCAUAAUUUCCUUUUCUGCGAGUUUGCCACGGGCUUUUUGGAGUAUUUUGAUAUGAAUACAGAUCCUUAUCAGCUCACGAAUACUGUGCACACGGUAGAACGGGGCGUCUUGAAUCAGCUACACAUGCAGCUGAUGGAACUCAGGAGCUGUCAAGGGUAUAAGCAGUGCAACCCAAGACCUAAGGGCCUUGAAGCUGAGGACAGUUAUGGGACGGAUGGGAAGGUUAGUCAGCCCAGUCUCACUGCAGACGUCAUCUGGCAAAGCCUGGAGGAUCUUUAUGGUGUGAACGGAAGCAUCUACGAGGACAGACCAAACUAUAGACUUAGUCUGGUUGACUGGACUAAUUACUUGAAGGCUGUAGAUAGAGUAUUUGCACUGCUGAACAGUCACCGUGAGCAAAAUAGAGCAAAUAAGACUAAAAGUGCUCAAAGUGAUGGGUUCCUGGCUGUGUCUGCUGAGCUCUCGGCACCAGCAGAGUCAGAUGAAGACCCAAGGCACAGGGUUGGGGAAGCAUCUCCUUUGACCUUGCCGGCUGACCUUCCUACCCUGCGUUCCCACCGACCAAUAUCCAGUCCAGAGAGUAAACUUGAAUGGAAUAACGACAUUCCCGAAGUUAAUCGUUUGAAUUCUGAACACUGGAGAAAUCAUAAAACUGACAAAUGGAUGGAGCAUGAAGGGAUCAAUCAUCUUGGAACUGAUUUCAGUGGCGAUGGCAUGUCUGAGCUGGUGCAGCCCAGGCCCAGGCAGCAGAAGGGACUUCCUCAGGCUGGUCCUCCAAGAGAAGAUGCUUCCGAACAUCGACUGCAUCUUCCUAUGCAUCCUGAUGCUGACUCCACUCAUCGGGUGAUCAGAGCGUCCACCAAGGAGCAGCCUGUUUCCUCCAGCAGCACGGAGAGGAUGUCAAACCAGGUGGAGAAGAAUCACAGGAGGGGACGCUUACAGAGUCUGGAAGGCAGUGCCUCCUUUCCACUCUCCUCUGAUUAGAUGCCAUGUUACCUUACUCUAAACACAGUAUUUUUUUUUUAACUUUUUCUUAGUAAACUAAUAAAGGCAGUCCUGACAACCAACAUUCCAGACUCCCCCAGGUACACCCGUACUGUGGUGAAGUCAGUGCACAUGUGAGCAGUACUCACCCAGGGACUCAGUGUUCUAAGUCACCAUUUGUUAAGAGUAGAAAGAAAGGUGGAUUUGUGGAGUUUCGUUUGUUUGUUUUUGGGGGGAGUACUAAAAACAGUAUUAUCUUUUGCAAGUUGUAGGGACAUGCGUAUAUAAAUGUUACCCGAUCAAGAUGGCUAGCAUGGUGCCUUUCUGAGUUUCUGAAACUUGACAUCCUCGGUGAAAUUUCAGUCUGUUUUUCCACUGCCUGCCAAGUGUGGUUUUGAUUCAUUUUUAACCACUGGAAUUUUUCAAGGCCCUCGUUUUUAGCUCAGUGAUUUUGCACUUUGAGAUCGGAAUGCCAUGUCUAUUUGGUUAGUCUUAUUUUUUUUCCAGGCUUGUCCCAGUCACUGCUCACUCUGAGUGUGACAAAGGAAAACACACCCCCAACAAUGAUACACAGUAUGGAUCACAUAUUGUUCAACAUACACUUUUGCCAGAAAAUAAUGCAUGUUGUUUUACCUCGACUUGCUAAAAUUGAUUAGCAGAAAGGCAUGGCUAAGGAUGUUGGCAGUAAAAAUAAAGAAAUAAACAAAACAAAGAUUGCCUGCUUUCUCUGUGCCUAGCCUCAAAGUGUUCAUCAUAUGCUUAAAGUUGCUAAAUUUUUAUUUUCUUAACAGGAUGAAAGGACUGAAGACUUUUUUUUUUCAUCUUUGUUUUGUUUUCUUGACCUGGCUAAUAAGCUUAAGUGUUGAGAAAAUAUAUUUAGUUUUGAAUUUAUGUAAGGAUUUUUUUUCAAGUAAAGCAAACUCAUGAAUGUUUCAUAAUUUAAAUGCACCAUAUGUGUUGUAUGAUUAUUUUUAAGGCCUUCACCAGGUUCUGAUUUUUUUAAAGGCAUAAUUCAAAACUGCUUUUGAAAUUCCGUGUUCUUGAAAAUAUUCUCAUCAUGUAUUAGAUGUUUAAAUACCAGCAAAAGGAUUAUUACCUCAUUGAGAGUUACCAGUAUCCUAGCCAACUUCCCAGGAAGGCUUUUUUUUUUUUUUUAGCUUAACAGUAAUUUUCGUUUUAUUUUUAGACAAUUCAAACACAUAGGUAAAUUAUGUUUCCUUUAUGUGUUUAAGGUAAACUCUUUUAAAGAAAAUUUAAUAUGUUAUAGUUGAAACUUUGAUAACUUUAAGUCUUUAUCAUAGACUUUGUACAUAUGUUAAAAUUAACUAGCUCUUUAUCAGAUGCGUGUGUCACUGGCUGAAUGACAGAUGAAACAUAUUUAUGGUCAUGAAUGAUGUGCUUUGUAAAAAGGUUUCAAGUUAUUAGGAAGCAUACUGUGUUUUUAAUCUUGUGUAAUAUUCUGUGAUACUUUUAUAGAACAAUUCUGGCUUCAGGAAAGUCUAGAAGCACUAUUUCUUGAAAUAAAA